GGUCUCGAGAGCUUCAGAUGUGAUAAUGAAUUGCAUUGAAGUUAAAAAUGUAUUGAAAAAUUACAAAAGUCAUGGGGAAAAUAUAAAAGUUCUUGAUGGAUUAAAUCUAACGGUUGGAUAUGGUAAAAUCUACUCCAUUAUUGGAGCUUCAGGAUGUGGCAAGACAACUCUGUUUACAUGUCUCAUGGGAAUGCAGAAAAUUGAACAAGGAGAAAUGAGAAUCUUUAACCAAAAAGUCUGUCAUAAUAAGUCAUCUAAAAAUUAUCAAGUCAUUGGAUACAUGCCACAACAAGUUGCACUGAUCCAAGAGUUAAGCAUUAAAGAAACUCUUCAAUAUUUUGGUGAUUUAUUUAUGAUGAAUCCGAAAGAGAUUAAUGAAAGGAUUCUUCAAGUUAUCAACUUAUUAGAUCUACCAAAUGAAAAUUGUCAAAUCAGGAACUUGUCAGGUGGUCAACGACGUCGAGUGUCAUUAGCAGUUGCGAUUCUUCAUAAACCGAAACUUUUACUUCUUGAUGAGCCGACAGUUGGACUUGAUUAUUUACUUCGUGAAAAAAUCUGGAAUUUUCUGCGAGAAUCGAGAGAUAAAUUCAAGAUUACUGUUGUAAUAACUACACAUUACAUAGAUGAAGCUAAGAACUCUGAUCGUUGUGGAUUCAUGAGAAAUGGUAGAAUAAUUGCCCAAAAUUCACCUACAAAUAUUUUAACAGAGCUGGAAUGUGAAACACUCGACGAAGCAUUUUAUAAAUUAUCACUUAAGGAUGAGAAGAAUGAACGAUUAUUGACAGCUGUUGAUGAUAAUACAAAUAUUCGAAGUGAAUAUUUAGAAAAUGAUGUUAAAAUUUAUGAUCGAUCAAGAACAAGAGCUCUCAAAGCUAUUCUAAAGAAGGAAUUUCAUAGAAUUAAAAGACAAUCAAUUGAAAUUUUCUUUAUACUACUAAUACCUUCACUUGGAAUCAAUUUAAGCGCCAUGGCUUUAGGAACUAUUCGUAGCGAUAUUCAAAUAGGAAUCGUAAACUACGAGACCAAUGGUUUUGAAGAUUGCACAACAUUUCCAAUAAAUUGCACUAAUUUAUUCAUAUCCUGCACAUUUAUUCAAGACUUGAAUGAAAAAAUCCAAAAAAAUUUUUACAAAUCGUUUGACGCAGCUUUUCAGGACUUCACAAAUGGAACUCUUGGUGGCAUAAUUGUGAUUCCUGAGAAUUUUUCGGAAUACUUUUACGAUGAAGAUUUAACAAACAAGAAAAUUGACAUUUAUUUAGACUACAAAACUUAUAUAAUCGACUUUUUUGUGAAGGUGAAAGUUAAUGAAGCAUUUAAAAGUGCGAUAACGAAGUUGUCUGAGAGCUGUGUUGACAAAGACUUGCAGGAAGAGAUGAUAAAGUUUGACUUGUUAUACGAUAAGAUGGACUUCAACUUUAAAAAUACAUUUGGUGUUGUUUCGUGUUUUCUAAUGUUGUUCUUUGUACCGAUGUGCUACUCAUCAUUUACAAUCCAUGCACAGCGCAUUGAAGGCAUUUGGAAUAGAACUUUGCUGAGUGGUGUCGAAAUAACAGAACUGAUUAUAUCUAACUUAAUCUUCUCGUUCAUCAAUUCAACGAUUCAAUCAAUCAUCUUCCUAAUUUCAAUAUAUAUUGAGCUGAAUUUUGAGAUCACAAAAAAUUGUUGGAUUUUGUUUGUUGCAGCUUUUGUUAUGAUGAACCUUGGAUUCAUAUUGGGAAUUUUAAUUUCAGCUACAUUUGAUGAUUUUCAUGUAAUUUAUGGAAUUGGAAUAACAAUAUCUUGGAUGAUGACCUUACUCAGUGGAGUUUUUUGGCCAAUUGAAGCUAUUCAUCCAUUCAUUAAGUCUUUAGUGGACUGGUCACCGAUAACUUUUGGAAUCAAAUCUUUUAUGAACGUGUUUCUCAAAAAAUUAGGGAUUUUGGAUCGAUCUGUGUAUUUUGGAUUAAUUUAUGAUUUAGGGUGGAUUAUUGGGGGUUUAGUAGUUCUUAAAAUUUUACUAAGUAGACGGAAAUUCGCUAGAGAAGUUUAGGUAGACUUCUGAAUUAGGGAUAGCUUUAAUUCAGUCCACCAAUACCUUGUCAACAAUAAAAUAUUGAUUAAAACCACUUGUUUGAGUUUGACAAUUAUUGUAUUUUAGUAAUAUCCAAUAAAAUUGAUAGCUACUAAGCAUGUAAUUAUUAUUAAUAAAUGAUUGCGCAAAAAUUAGCUUUCUUGUAGUUUUUCUCUAGAAAACUCAUUCAG